CUGUACUUCAGUUCGCCGACGGGUGACCGAAAUGAUGGCGAACACAGCAGGGACACUAGUCUUUUUUUUUCUUCUUUUUUUUUAAACCUUUCUAAAAAAUGGCGGCAAUAUAACUACCGCGGCCGAUAGGUCCGUUGUAACCCGGAAGUGCCCUGCUAAAGAGGGGGCGGUGAGACAAUCCGGAAGUGGGAGGAAUGAAGAGGUGCCACUUGGCGGCCAUGGCAGCUGUAGUAUUGGCGACUCAGGGUCAGGGCCUGGCUGAGGGAAGUACCAUGGGCAGCACCCGGUGUCGGGCGGAGACAGCGUUGUACCGACUUUGCUGUUGAGUCCUCGGGGCCCGGUGCUGACUUGGGGGGCAGCUGGCUCGGCGCUAGACUUGGAAGGGAGUUUGGUGGGCUGGUCCCUGGGGGCGGAUCACCUGCGGGGCCCGCCACCCUAGGGAACCAGGUGCCGGCCGAGGUGAAGACACUGAGCUUUACUUUUUACCUGCUGCUACCAGGCACACUGUCUAGGGGGAGCGGGCCGUUCUGCCCACCCUCACUCCGAAGACCGAAGAGAUCUCUGUCGCACGGUGUCUCCCAUCUGUUACCCUACCGGAAUCCCGGUGAUUGGCACCCAAGAACCUGAGAUUGAGCAAAGUUUUUCUCCGGUGCUAGUAUCGGCCCAAAGGAGCCUGCUUCUUAGUACGCAGGAGAGCAGCCUGAUUCGUGAACACCACCGGCUGGUGGCAAGGUUGAAAAAAAAGUGGGAAACUCCCUUGUUCUCUUGGAAAAACCACACGUUUAAAGAGCCUAAGCGCCUUUUCAAACCGCUGGGAUUUUGAAGCCUGGUGGUAGAGGGUGACUACAGGAGGGCAGAAUGGAUGAUUUUCUCUCCAUUAGUCUGCUGUCUUUGGCCAUGUUGGUGGGAUGUUACGUGGCUGGAAUCAUUCCUUUGGCUGUUAAUUUCUCAGAGGACCGACUGAAGCUGGUGACGGUGCUGGGUGCUGGGCUGCUCUGUGGAACUGCACUGGCGGUUAUCGUGCCUGAAGGGGUGCACGCACUGUAUGAGGAGGUUCUGGAGGGAAAACACCACCAAGCCAGUGAAACCAAGCAGAAUGUGAUUGCGUCAGACAAAGCAGCAGAAAUGUCAGUUGUCCGGGAACAUGAGCACAGCCACGACCACACACAGCUGCACGCCUACAUAGGUGUGUCCCUUGUCCUGGGCUUCGUGUUCAUGUUGCUAGUGGACCAGAUUGGCAGCUCCCAUGUGCAUUCCACUGACGAUCCAGAAACAGCAAGGCCUAGCAGUUCCAAAAUCACCACCACGCUGGGGCUGGUCGUCCAUGCUGCAGCGGAUGGUGUAGCUUUGGGAGCCGCAGCUUCUACUUCACAGACUAGUGUCCAGCUCAUUGUGUUUGUAGCAAUAAUGCUACACAAGGCUCCAGCAGCAUUUGGACUGGUUUCCUUCCUGAUGCAUGCUGGCCUGGAGCGGAAUCGAAUUAGAAAGCACUUGCUGGUAUUUGCAUUGGCAGCACCAGCCAUGUCCAUGCUGACCUACUUGGGAUUAAGUAAGAGCAGUAAAGAAGCCCUUUCAGAGGUCAAUGCCACUGGAGUGGCCAUGCUAUUCUCUGCGGGGACAUUUCUUUAUGUUGCCACCGUCCAUGUCCUCCCUGAGGUGGGUGGAAUGGGACACAGCCACAAAGCUGACAGCACUGGAGGGAGAGGCCUCAGCCGCCUGGAGGUGGCAGCCCUGGUUCUGGGUUGCCUCAUCCCACUCAUCCUGUCAAUAGGACACCAGCAUUAACCGUCAGGUUCUGGCCUCAGGCCAUGGCCAUUGCCAUCCAGGAAGAAGAGGGAGCGUGUGACGCUCCUCACUCCUCAGUGUUUUGUCUCGCCUUGUCCAUCUCCACCGUGUUCCUAGAGCCCGAGGGAGAUGAGAGUCCAUCGUGGAGAAGUGGAACAGCGUGUAGCAGGAACAUUGUCAUCAGACAGGGACUUUGUGUUGUCUUUAAGGGACUUUGACAUACCGAGUUCUGAUGUUUCUCUUUACCCUAUUCUCAGGGAAGAUGGAAUUUAGUUUUAAGGAAAAGUGGAGAACUUCAUACCAUGAAAUAGCGAUUAUGAAAAUACAGUAUUCUGUAACUAAGCUCAAGUUUCCCCUUCAUUUAGAGGCUCUACCACUUCCCCAUUGGUUUUUCACGUGGUUCUCACCGUGUAAGACUGGUGCUUCAGCACCUGUGCCCCAUGCCUUGAGAGAAGCGGGCAGCACUCACCCUCUUGGAUACUAAGGUUAGAGUAAGGGAAAGAGGCCAGGAGACACAGCUGACCUGACCUGAAGGAGACAUCCAUCGAGAGGGGAGGUCUACAGGCUUGAUCAGCUCCUUUGCACGUGCCUCCCUGAAUAGAGCCUGCCCUUCCUCCCAUAGAGCCUUUGGAAGCGGGGUCUGGUGUCUUGUAGCUUGUUUCUGAAGUAUCCUUUACAGGGUACCCGUCUGCAGCACAUUCUUCCAGAGGAGCCAGGGUCUGUUCAGACACAGGCUUUCCUUCAACAGCAGUGGGAUCGCAGUGAAGAAAUGAAGGGAUGUUAAAUUUUCUGGGAAUUUGGAUAGUAACUGACAUCUUUGUAGUACCCUUUUAUAAAGUAACACUAUUACAAAGUGUGGUGUUCUUUUCCGCUAAGUCGGUGGUUCUCAACCUUCCUAACGUUGCAACCCUUUAAUACAGUUCCUCGUGUUGUGGUGACCCCCAACCAUAAAUUAUUUUCAUUGCUACUUUAUAACUGUAAUUUUGCUACUGCUGUGAAUCAUAAUGUAAAUAUCUGAUAUGCAACCCCUGUGGGGGUCACAACCCACAGGUUGAGAACUGAUGCUCUGAGUAUUGCUUUUAGCAGCCAGCAGCCCCUGGCUAGGCCCUUGCCCAGAGUGGAGAGUUUCUGUCCACUCUCGGCUCCCGUGCAGGAGCAGCAGGAGUGUCAGAAGGGCGUGUCUGCCACUGCCUCAAGCUGCUCCCUGCAAUCAUGUCUGCGUCCUGCCCUCCCAUGCUGUGCUCUUCUCCUGCCCCUCCAUGUCCUGCUCACUGCUCCUGGUGACGUCAGGCCUGUGUGAACGUCCAUCGGGACAGCCACUCCUGAACCACGGUGACAAGAGAGCACUGUCCCUAGUCUUCAUUUCCUUCAAAUACGUUACCUUUGUGUCAAAUCCAGCCUCAUCAAGCCUUGAUUUGUCACUUCCUCCUGUGAGCCGACACAUCACGAACACUCUGAAAAUUUCAGCAGUUGAGACAAAGUAUUCAACAAACGAAGGUGAUUUUUCCAUGUUUGCCAAAAUCUGCCUAAACCCUGUGUUGUCAGAUAGGUGUAUAAUACUGUAUUAAUUUACAUUUUCUGUACCGUUUCAAGACACUUUACCUAAAGAGAGAGCCAAGACUAGUUUCUUCAGUGCGGUGGGUGCCGUCAUUUAUAUUUUUCUCUGACACCCAUGCCAGCCAGCAUGCCUGUGGUUUCCUCUGUUUCUCGACUGAAUUGUCACUGGGUCACAGCUGUGGAACUGAACUUGCCAGCCCUCUGCUGGCUGCAGUGAAGAAAGGAGCCGAAUGGGCAGGCGCAGUGUCGGAUGGAGGCUGGUAGCCAUUGCCUCCCUGGGAAACUGAAGGCAUGCGGUGUGCGAGUCGGGGUCUCUCUCCUGGUUAGGCGCCAACAGCCGACUCGGGGAAGGUUUGCUCUCGUCUAGUCCUUCCAAAGUACGGUUGUCGUGGUUCUUUCUGGAAACUCACUGUGUCGAGUAGAUAGCCAGUUCUGUGUUGGACUUGGCUUGAGUAAAAGUAACUCUGUCACCUUACUCCGUGCAGGGGUCAGGGUUUGUCGCACUGGCCAGAGCCUCUCUCACCCGGCAGUGCCUUGCCGUCUCGCUUAAAAGCUUGGCUAGAAUAUCUUGCUGGAGAGGGCCUUGGACCCUGGCCGGGACGGAACCAUCAAACUCCUAAAUUUGCCUCCCCCACCCCAGGCCUCAGUAGUAAAGAGCUUUCCAAAGCUGGGGCCUUCCCCAGGCCCCGAGCUGCUGCCUGGGAACGCUCAUCCCUCCCUGGCCAGCAGGCUCACUAGCCAUAUGAAUCUUAAUAGGGCUCCAAUGCAUUUAGGCAGCAGGAACCGUGCAGCAGGGCAGAAGCCUCUGUCUAGGGAGACAGAGGUCACUCACGUGGCAGGCAUUGGAGAGGCCACCUUGAUGUUCGCUUUCCAGCGUGUUUCAGUUCUGUUUUCCUCCUCCUCCUCAAAACUUCCUCCGGAGGUGUGGAUGCCUUAAUAAUCCGAUAACACAUUUGAACACAUUGGUGAUACUUCAGCUGCUGCCAUGAUUACCAGUGGAAUUACGGGCUACCAAAGAAGUAACUGAUAAAAAGCUCGGGCCAUCCUUCCUCAUAACCAAAGCAGUCUUAAUUACAAUUGGAGCCCCUUUCUCUGGGAGAUGUAGAUGGACUUCAGAUUCCAAGCACUGCUCUUUUUUUUUUUUUUUUUCCCCAAGACAGGGUUUCUCUGUGUAACAGCCUUGGCUGUCCCAGAACUCACUCUGUAGCUCAGGCUGGCCUGGAACUCACAGAGAUCCACCUGGCUCUGCCUCCUGAGUGCUGGGACUAAAGGUGUGCGCCAUCACCGCCCAGCCCAAGCCCGCUCUUAAAAGGCAAAUUGAAGUUGAAAACGCUGAUCCACUCCCCUCACUGGUCCCCGGUGUUGUCAGUCUCGAUCAACAGAGCGGCGCUGUUCCCAUUUGGCUCUGCCUUCCUGUGUGCGCUGUCCAGCAGCUGUCCUCCAGGCAGCCGGUCUGGAGUGCCAGUGGUGGGGACAGCACUGAGGCCGUGUCUUCUUCUCCUCAUUCCACCUUAUUCCCCAGACUUCUCAAUUAAAGACAGCCGAGUUGGCCUCUUCUGGGGGUUUGGAUCAGUAGAGAAAAGAAAAGGAGGGACUGUUCAGAGGUGUCAUUUCUUGUCGAAAGGGGAACAUAGAUUUUUUUUUAACCAGUCUGUCACUGGCUGGCUCUCUCUUUCAAGGGUUAGAACUAGGAGGGACACACCAGCAACAGAGUGUGUUAAGCCCUGAAACUCAUGGUAGUGACGUUCUCAACAUGGGGACUGUAUGCCAACAGCACAAACCUCUAAAAUGCUCCUGCCUUCGGGCCAGAGCCGGAGACUGUCGCAGCACAGGCGACACCCUCGGCAGUCACUCGACAGGAGUCCUUGCGGUAGCAGACUUGUGCUCAGUACAGAGUGGGCCUCACCCCUGAGGAGCUCUGCUGGAGGUACUCCACAACACAGCCUGGUGGGAAGGGACUGGCAGACGUGUGGUACUUCAGAUGUGCUCAGCCCAGCACAGCUCUAAACACAGACUGGCUUCGCUCUCUGUCGGGUGGUGUCUUCCUGUAAGCUGGGAGUCGGGUGGGGUGGUAACAUCACAGGUCUCCUGGUUUGGUGGCCUGAACGGUGAUUUCAAAUGUCCCUUUGUACACAACGGUUAUUUCUGGAUCCUUUGUACACAUAAACUCAUUCCAUGGAUGGCUGCCUUAUAAUUUUGUCUCUUUCCACUUUAAUUGUGAAUGGUUUAAAAAUUGCUGUUUUCUGAUUUGUUUAUGAUAUUAAAUUUUUAUCAGUGCA